CCGGGCUGGAGGUUUCAGUGCUUUACAAAGCAGAAGUCACUCGAAAGGGAUUUGCUAGGGUGUUGAGGUGUUGUUAGGUGUUGGAAUUUGUGUAAAUGUGCCACUUUGAACACCGCUAAUCAUCAAGGUUUCUUACAGCAACGUCCAUUGACGUUCACAGCGUGCAAUCCAGCUGUUACCAUGGCAAUUCUGUUUGCCGUGGUGGCCCGUGGAACCACCAUCCUUGCCAAGCAUGCAUGGUGUGGUGGAAACUUCCUCGAAGUGACGGGACAGAUCCUCGCCAAGAUCCCAUCAGAGAAUAACAAAUUGACCUACAGCCACGGCAGCUAUCUUUUUCAUUACAUCUGUCAUGACAGAAUCAUAUACCUGUGUAUCACAGAUGAUGACUUUGAAAGGUCACGUGCGUUCAACUUCCUUAAUGAGAUCAAGAGGCGCUUCCAGACAACCUAUGGGUCGAGAGCACAAACAGCCCUGCCGUACGCCAUGAACAGCGAGUUCUCAUCUACGCUUGCAGCACAGAUGAAACACCACUCAGACCCACGGGGGUCAGAUCGCCUUACAGAAACACAGAUGCAAGUGGACGACCUGAAGGGUAUUAUGGUCCGCAACAUAGAUUUGGUUGCUCAGAGAGGGGAGAAGCUGGAGUUGUUGAUUGACAAGACUGAAAAUCUGGUUGAUUCUUCUGUCACAUUUAAGACCACAAGUCGUAACCUUGCCAGAGCCAUGUGCAUGAAAAACCUCAAGCUGACUCUUGUCAUUGUGCUGGUGUGCCUGGUGGUCCUGUACAUUAUCGUCUCUGCUUCCUGUGGAGGCCUUAGCUGGCCGUCUUGUGUCAAAUGAGACCAUGGGCCAUAUGUGGGAGGUCUGGAAAAGAUGGAGAGAGAAGUCCCUGUUUGACUGUGUUUGUCAAUGGACAGAAAAGGAAAUACAACGUCCCGUGCUUUAAGUUUUUUGCUUCAGCUUGCCUGGACACCCGCACCCGCUCCUUCCUCCUAACAGUGCACACAUUGACUUGCCUUCAAGAUUGGAAGUUCUACUAGAUAGAUAUCACUCAAAUGGACAGCAGCUCCAACUAAUGCGGCACCAUUAUCUUGUCUUAAACUAGUCUGCCUGAGGUUUCAGUUUGCGGCACUGUCUUGUAUUUGUGUAUUCCAUUCAUUCAAAUAGAAACAAUGAACCCCAAAGUGAACAAAGUAUGACUUUAUCCAUAGUACAUGCCUGUUCAUAAAUGUGCACAGAAACCUUUCCUAUGGAACACAUACGUUUCAGAGAUGGGGUGCAGAUCUACCAUUAUGCUGCCCUUUGUCCUUUCGUUAGGUCACCAAAUAUUAUUAGGAUACAGUAGUGUGAAAAAGUGUUUGCCCCCUUCCUGUUUUUUUUUUUUUUUCAGGACUGUUUCAUCACCCUUAAAUGUUUCAGAUCAUCAAACACAUUUAAAUAUUAGUCAAUGAUAACACAACUGAAAUGAGACUACUUAUUAUUAAGGGAGAAAAAAAAUCCAAAUCUCCAUGGCCCUGUGUGAAAAAGUGAUUGGCCCCCAUUAAAGCAUAGCAACUGAGAUCAAAUGAGAUCUAUCAGUAUGGAAAAGGUUAUAAAGCCAUUUCUAAAGCGUUGGGACUCCAGCGAACCACAGUGAGCCAUUUUUCACAAAUGGAAAAAACAUGGAACAGUGGUGAAUCUUCCGAAGAGUGGCCAGCCAACCAAAAUUACCCCAAGAGCGCAGCGACGACUCAUCAAGAGGUCACAAAAGACCCCACAACAACAUCCAAAGAACUGCAGGCCUCACUUGUCUCAGUUAAGGUCAGUGUUCAUGACCACCAUAAGAAGGACACUGGGCGGAAACGGCCUAUAUGGCAGCGAUCCAAGACAAAAACCACUGCUGAACAAAAAACCAGUAAGGCUCUUCUUAAUUUUGUCAGAAAACAUCUUGAUGAUCCCCAAGACCUUUGGGAAAAUACUCUGUGGUCUGACAAGACAAAAGUUGAACUUUAUGGAAGGUGUGUGUCCCAUUACAUCUUGCGUAAAAGCAACGACGCAUUUUCAGGAAAAGAACAUCAUACCAGCAGUGAAAUAUGGCGGUAGUAGUGUGAUGGUCUGGGGCUUCAGGACCUGGAAGACUUGCUGUGAUAAAUGGAACCAUGAAUUCUGCAGGACAAUGAUCCAAAACACACCAGCAAGUCCACCUCUGAAUGGCUGAAGAAAAACAAAAUGAAGACUUCGGAGUGGCCUAGUCAAAGUCCUGACCUGAAUCCUAUUGAGAUACUGUGGCAUGACCUUAAAAAGGUGGUUCAUGCUCGAAAACCCUCCAAUGUGGCUGAAUUACAACAAUUCUGCAAAGAUCAGUGGGUCAAAAUUCCUCCACAGCGCUGUAAGAGACUCAUUGCAAAUUAUCCCAAACGCUUGAUUGCAGUUGUUCCUGCUCAGGUUGGCUCAACCAGUUAUUAGGUUUGGGGGCAAUCACUUUUUCACACAGGGUCAUGUGGCUUUCGAUUUUUUUUCUCCCUUAAUAAAAAGUUGCCUUUAAAAACUGCAUUUUGUGUUCAGUUGUGUUAUCAUUAACAAAUAUCUAAAUUUGUAAGUGUGACAAACAUGCAAAAAAAAUUAAGAAAUCUGGAAAGGGCAAAUAUUUUUCACAUCACUGUACAUGUAAUGUUUUUUCACCAAUCGGUAAUAUCAGUGAAUGCAGUAAAACAGAAAAGAGUAUGAGAAAAUGUACACAUGAUUAUGUAUGUAAUAUAAAUAUCUGGCAUGUGAUUCUGAUGAUUGAAAAGAUUUUCAUGUAUGACCUCUUCAAGUCUGUCUUUAACACAAUGCACUUUUUAUGAUGUACUUCUAGUGUGUUCAUGGUGUGUUAAUAUGUUGAUAACCAUGUACCUAUUUAAUAAUUGUACAUCCUGAUUUGAAAUAAUAAAAAUCUGAUUAAAUUAAUUCGUUGAUGCUUGCACCAGUGUUAAAAAAAAUGACUUUUGGUUUACAUCUUUAUCGAGUGACUUACACCUCCCCUACUGGAAA